AUGUAUUCUUCCGAUAAUAAAAAUUGUCAUUCAAUUAGAAAUGCGCUUUUCGAUGCAGCAAUACAACUUAGUGUACCUUCUGUUACAGCGACAGCUUCAGUUGCCAAUAAAAUGCAUACUCUUUCAACAACAGAUGAAUCUAUAUCAUCAUCUCGUUCGCGUUCUCCUUCAACUAACUCAAGAUCUAGUCUUUCAUCCAGUUCCAAUUGUACUUCUCGACGAUCUACUUUAAUUAAACCCAAAAUUCUACGUGAUGCUGGUACUCAAUCAUCACCAAUAGUAAUAACAGAUAAUAAAAUUCAACGUCGACCCAGUCGUUUGGAUUUAAUAUUAGAUAAUAAUAAUAAUCCAACCAUGACAUCAUCUAUAUCAGAAACAUCAAAAGAAUAUUUAGCUGUACCACGACAUAAUCAAUUUCAAAUGUCACCAAGUCCUUCUCCUACAAGAAAUGGUAAAUCGUUGAAAACUACUUUACUUGGUAUUUGGCAAGGAUUGAAUAGUGAUGAUUUGAGAUCUGCUGCAGUAUCACCGAUUGAUCCAAUAUGUUUUGAAGAACGAGUUCGAAUAAGUACUCCGAGUUGGAAGACGUUUACAAAAGUUGUUACUGCUUUACUUAAAUUUACUCGAACCAAACAAGGACAAUAUGAAUGGAUACAAUUAGUUGGUCAUCCAGGAACAUUCAAAGAAGGUCUUCACGAAGGCUAUGUUCUAAAAGCUUUAUCAGAAAAAGAACGACGUUGUUGUGAAUUACUUCAAAAUGAUUUACUAAAAGAUUUUGUUCCAAAAUACAACGGAACUGUGGCAGAUGAAGAAGGAAAACAUUAUAUUGAAAUGGAAGAUUUAUUAGCUUCAUUCAAAGAACCAUGUAUAAUGGAUUGUAAAAUAGGUGUACGAACUUAUUUAGAAGAAGAUCUUGAUACAUCAGAACGUGAUCCAGAACCCAGAGCUGAUCUAUAUGAGAAAAUGAUUGCUAUUGAUUCAACAGCAGCAACAGAAAAAGAAAAUGAAGAAAAAAAAAUUCUCAAGCCACGUUACAUGAUGUGGCGUGAAAGUUUGAGUUCAACUGAAGAACUAGGCUUUCGUAUUGAAGCUAUCAAAAAAUCUCGUGGUUUAAUGUCGAAAGAAUUUCAAAGAAUUAAAAAACGAGAUGAUGUACAACAACAUAUAAUAGAAUUUAUUGCUAAUUCAGUACCACGUGCUGUUCAAUAUCUCAAUCGUCUUAUUGAAUUACGUUCAAUAUGCCUUCAAUCAAAGUUCUUUCAAACUCAUGAGAUUAUUGGUUCAUCUUUAUUAUUUAUUCAUGAUGCAAAUCGAGCAUCGGUAUGGAUGAUUGAUUUCGGUAAAACUAUAUUAUUACCUGACAAUAUUCAUCUAACACAUACGCAACCAUGGAUACGUGGUACACAUGAAGAUGGUUAUCUUAUUGGUCUAGAUAACUUAAUUUUAAUUUUUAAAGAAAUAAUUAAUGACAUGAAAUUAAAUUUAACUUCGAACUAA